CGUGGCGUGGCGUGUCGUUCCGACACGUUUCACGUUUUAGUCACAUUCACAACAGUAUCUACCCCAAAACUAAACAAUAGUUUUGGUUCCAUUCUCACCGACUAAAACUUAAAACCCCUCGCUCUCUCUAGUCUCUGUCUCUGUCUCUGUCUCUGUCUCUUCUUCCCCACUUCACUCUCUGGCCUUCUCUGUUCUCCUUCCCGAAGAUCUGUCUUCUUCCGCUCUCUUCUAUGGCCGAGUCCCCAGAACCGGUCUCUGUAACUGAGCCUGGGAGCUUAAACCCUGACUCGGAUCUGCCGUCCAAUGGCCGAGUCGAGAUUGACACUUCGACUCAGUUCGAGUCAGUCAGAGAGGCGGCGAACCGGUUCGGCGGUUUCGGUUUCUGGAGACCUACUCACAAUUAUAAACCCUCAGGAGCCUUUCAGGAAAACGUGGAAGGUGAUAUCAUUAGACUCAAGGCACAGGCUGCUGAGCUACAGAACGAUCUAAUCGCGAAAGAAGGCGAGACGCUUGAGGUGGUUAAGGAGCUUGAGGAGACUAAAGCCACAGUUAAAGAGCUUAACUUGAAGCUUCAUCAGAAGAAUGAAAAGGAGCUGUUGAGAGAAGAGGUUGAUGGUUGUUUCAAGCCAGCGGGUGCUGUACUGAAGGAUCUAAGCAAGGCAAAGAUGAAUUUAUGCAAGAGGACGGUAGAUCUUGCGGGUAUACGCGAGUCUGUUGAGGUCUUGAACAAGAAGCUGCAGGAAGAAAAGGCUGCACUUGAGAAGACCCGCGAGAGACUUAUGCAAAAGUCUUUGAAGGCGGUGAAGGGUGAAACAGGCGAGAACGAUGCGUUUGUAAUGAUGAAUGAGGUUCGAAGACUCAGCAGUGAAGCUCAAGAGUUCAAGAAAACAGGAGAGAACGCAGGGUUGGAGAUUGUGAAAGCAAUGGCUGCGAUUGAAGACACAAGAGAGAAGAUCAAAACGGCUAAGAUCAGGUUGGUUGCCGCUAGAAAGAUGAAGGAAGCUGCCAGAGCUGCUGAGGCAGUUGCAAUCGCAGAGAUUAAGGCCGUGACUGUGACUACUGAAGACGCAGAGGAAGAGGAGAGAAAGCGAGUGGAAGAGGCAGUGUCGAGAGUUGAAGAAGCUAAUGUUUCAAAGAUGUAUACUCUGAAGAAAGUAGACAAAGCGGCACAAGAAGUUGAAACUAGUAAGAAGGCAAUGGAGGAAGCGGUGGAGAGAGUUGACACUACAAAUGCUGCAAAACUCGAAGCAGAAGCGGCGCUACGAAACCGGCAGUCAGAGAAAGGACAGAGGAGAAGAUUAUCUUCGUCAGUGAACAACACUGCCAAGUUCAAGAGCAGAAGAGAGACAACAACAACAACACCAAAAACGACGCGUCUGAUGGAUGUAAACGGUCUGCAUCUGACGUAUGAUGAUGUUGCUGUUGGUUCAUCAUCUUCAGUACCUGUCUUGAAGCCAACAAUGUCAAUCGGGCAAAUACUCAGCAGGAAGCUACUUGUUGCUGAGGAUUCAGAUGUGAUGAAUGUUGCUAGCGAGAGGAAGAAAAUGUCGUUGGGUCAGAUGCUGGCAAAGAGUAGCAGUGGUGAUGAGACUUGGAGCAAGAAGAGUGAAGGCAAGGAGAAUGGGAAAAGAUCGGUGACCCGAAAGAGAUUUGCUAAGAUCGCUAUGUUGUUGAAGAAAGAGAGCAAGAACAAGAAGAAGAUAGCUUUGAAGUUGAGGUGAUAGAAAUGAUCUGUGUGUGAUGACUUCUUGCUUCUGUUUUGUUACAAACAUUCUAUUAAGAAGUCUCUUCUAUA